CACACUUAUUAUCACUCUACAUGUAGUUUCCAAGUCACCCAGACCUUCCUCGAAGGAUGAACUUUUUGAAUCAUGCAAAUGACAGUCUUGAAAAGGUUCCUCUCUGUGAUUGUGGCAAAGAUCACGACGACUCAGAAUCAGAAUCAUCGGUUCUCUGUGAGAAGCGCCAUGGGAAGCUGAGUUCGUUUUUCCAUCCUGACAAAAAUAGUGACACCUUGGGGUCGUUGUUUCAUGGUGACAAAUCGCGUCGCAAAAGUCUUGAAGCGACUCAUCUUCCCGUCUGCGGCCAAUAUUCCGACGAUUUCAAUCCAGUGUCAUUGGACCACCAUGACAAAUAUCAUAGUAGGCUGAAGUCAUUGUUUCAUCAUGACAAAGGGCGCCGAAAGAGUUAUGCUUUUGAAAGGCUUCCAUUGCGCGAGUGUGAACAACAGCAUGACAAGGACAAGUCAUUGUUCCACUGCGAUAAAGAACAUGGCUUGUUGAGGGCAUUUUUUCACCACGACAAGGAAGAUAUGGAAAAUGAAACCGAUGGUGACGAAGAACCUGUCGAGUUUGAAGGAUCUUUCUUCAACACAUCGUCCACUGAAGAGAACUACAUGGACAGUGACAAUGAUGACAAGGAAAAUACAGCCGAUAUUAACCAAGAACCGCUUGAAGGAACUCUCAUCGACAUAUCACUAACUGAAUCGGAAGACCCAGGUGAUCAUAGUGACCAACAGGAGAACAAUCUUGAGAAGGAAGAUUCCACCAGUGAUGAUGAAGAAGGAGAGGUGGACACGUCAGCACCAAACAGCGUCGAGACCGACGAUGAACAAAUUAGCUCAACUGAAGAAAGCCAGGAGGCACUUGAAUAUGAAGAAUGUGAGAAGAUGAAAGAGUUUGCAGAAGGCAGUGAGAAGCACCAAGAGUCACCCAGUCCUAGUGUGAAGGACGUAGACAAGCAGAAGUCGGAUAAUGCUACGUCUCUUCUUUCUAGUGUCAAAACGUUUUACAAACAGAAGAAGUCCUCAUUUGCUAGUGAUAAGUCUAAAAGUCGCCACAAAGGAAAGAUUUCUGUGUACAACAGUAACAUGGAACUUGAGACACACGCAAAGCCAAAACCUCAAGGGGUUAAAAAACGUUUCAAACGGAAGAAGCCUGCGGUGAAAGUUGAAGAGAAAGUUGAGAAACCGGCGUACAAUGAGGAUGACCUUGAGAAGCAGAUGACGGCUCUAUUUGAUGACGUCAAAAUACGAUACAACCUGAUGGAACCAUCAGGUGACAGCAAAUCAAAUAAAAAGAAGUCAAGUUUAAAAAUAAUAAAAUUGCCCGAAAAGCACGUGGAACAUGGACAGGAUGAUGACAAAGUCGACGUCUGUAAGGUGGAUGUCCCGAAGCAAAAGAGCCACACAGAUUCUGAUGUGAGCUUUUCCAAACAGGGUUACGAUCGGCCACUACCUUUAGUCCAAGGCAAUGUCAAUCAAGGAGAAGAGUUCAAUGGAAAAUUCCGAGCUAUUUUGUUCAACACAUUUGGCGGAAAGCAAAGGGGAAUCCCAGGGCUUAAAAGUGCAACGUCCGUCAUCCACGUGUACAGUGAGUCAGUUCUGGUGACAGACAUGCUUGACAGCAAGGUCGUGUUGUAUGACCGCAGUGGCCGUGUACGCCAGACGUUCAUGGGUAAGGAACACUCCGAGCCGUGGGCAGCGGUGAUGACGCCAGAUGGACACGUCCUUGUGACGUUACGACGUGACGGUUGCUUUGCAUUAUGGCCUAAAGACGCUUCUUCCACGAAGAUGUUUGGACACUCCGAACUGAAAUGCCCCGCUGGGAUUGCUGUGGACAAACAAAGGCGGAUUAUAGUUACCGAUGAACGUGCCCACGAUGUUUUCCUGUACGACAAUUCAGGACGAUUCCUUUUCAAAUUAAGCGAUCUCAAACAGACAACCUUCAAGCAACCCAGAUAUGUCUGUGUGUCUGCCUCCGGUCGCAUAAUCGUGUCUGAUUCGGGAAACCACAGUGUGAAGGUAUUUAAUAUGGAUGGCGAGUUCCUCUUCCAGCUAGGUUCGUAUGGAUCCGGUGACGGAAAGCUGAAGUUCCCGUAUGGCGUUUGCGUUGACCAUGAGGAGCACAUCAUUGUCGCUGACCACUACAAUGACCGCAUAGUCAUGUUCUCAUCCGAGGGACAUUUCAUGCAAACAUUGAUCUCUCACCGACCUGGUAUGAUAAGACCCCAAGGAGUGUCAGUUCGGUGUGCGCAUAACCGGACGUUGUACAUCACCCAUGGGGAAUAUCGUGCAUCCGAAGUGAUAGUUUUCAAACUGAUUUCACAUAAAUCUGAACUUAGCGUUAGUAUUGAACAGUUUGCUUGAACUGACUUAACGAACAGUUUGGUAACAGUUUGGUUGAACUGUUAGUUAUGUGAUCAUAUGUGAAAACCCACAAACUCCUUGAAAAGGAGUACUGAUAUUGCAUUAGAAUUAUUAUGUAAAUGAAAAUACGUUGUCAGUUAUUUUACUCCUGAGAUAAUCAUUUCUGGAUUGUGUUGUUUUAAGUGUUAUACUACUGCAUUUUAUCGGAGGCAGAAUAUAUAGCUAACCUCAACAAAAUGUAACAACAUUUUGGACGUUGUAUUGGUACAACCUAAUUAACCAUAAUCAACCAUUUGCUAUCGCCAGUGUCUUCUUAAAAUCCAAUCUAUUGAAUUCUUUUAAAACUACCUUUAAAUUACCUUAAUGACCAUUGUAUAGACAUUCAGACUAUGUAAUUAACGCAGUUACCACAUUGUCACGGUCACGUGACACCUCCUCUAAAAACUCAUUAGACACAUCCAGACAGCAGCUGUAAAAACAAAGUUUACUUAAUCUGACGUAGUUACCGCAAUUACCAUCGUGUCACGGUCACGGUCCUUUAUAAGAACUC